AUGCUCUCCCUCCCAACUCCCACCACCUCCUCCAAACCCCUCAAGGUCAAACCAAACCUCCUCCCCUGCACAAUCCACCAUUCCGGCCCCAUCAAAAUCUCAAAACGCCAUUGGAACCCUUCUUCUUCCCAACAAACCUCCUCCUCCUCCUCCUACCUCCGAGGCCGCGCACUCCUCGGCCAAGAAAUCCACCUGCCAAAAGGCUACACGGGCGCCAUCCUCCGAAAAACGGGCGAGGUUGACAAACUACAGCAAAACGAGCAAGAAGAGGAGGAAGAAGAAGAAGAAGAAGCAGAGGAGACGGUGGAAGUCAAGAAACUGGAACAAGUGGGCAGAUUCGAAGAGAUCGUGGUCUGGGGCCAUGAGACGGCGCCGGGAGGGGAGGAUGUGUAUAUCAAGGGGAUACGGGAAUGGAUUGGGUUUGCGGAAGCGGUGAGUUUGGGGGAAACAUCCAACACCUCACUCAACUGUUUCUCCCAUAGAAACUGAUAGAUGCAGAUGAAUACCCACGACGAGCAACCACGCGAAGACACUACGACGUGA